AUGGCCAGAGAAGAAUACAGUGUAGUGGUUGAAAUGGACGAUGAUAACCCUAUCUUAAGGGAAGAGCUUGAAUUUCAAGAUUUCUCUUCGGGAUCUGGCGUUGGUGGGAAAAUUACCCAAGACAAACAGCAGACAUCUAGUCACACAGGAUUUAAUGAAGCUUCAUUCUUUGAGCCACACGAAACUCGUACAGAACAACAAAGUGGUCAGUACCCAUUUUGGGCGAUUGAGUACUAUGCUCAUUACUUUGAUGUGAAUACGGAUCAGGUUCUUGUGCGUGCGUUCAAGAGUCUUUAUCCUAAAGAAGAAUUUACCGAGGUAGUUGGACACAAUGUCAAUACGGAUUUAUACGGCCCUUUCUGGAUAUCGACAACUGUAAUAUUCUUGCUCUUCGUGACAUCGUCUAUCGCUGGAUCAAUUGCCGCAAUAAUUAAUGGAAACGACAAUUACAGCUAUGACUUCAAAAUUUUAUCAUUUGGUGUUGCCGCUAUUUACACAUACACCUUUGGAAUCCCUCUCUUUGUGUGGGUUGCUUUAAAAUAUUUUGGAUGCAAACCCUCACUCUUGAAUGUCGUUGGAUUGUAUGGAUACGGGUUAACCGUGUGGAUUCCAGUUUCUGUUAGUAUAUUUGUUAUCAUCCGAGAAUUCACGGUGCGACGUUUAAGCUGA